CCCAAUAUUUUCUUAUUCUACAUACAUUUUAAAUUAGAAAUAAGACUUUAAAAAACUCAUAAACUUUUCCUAGUUGUACGUUAAAUAGUUUCGUUGCAAUUUUCAGUGAGUGAAAUCAUGUAAUUCUUCUAUUGCAUCGUAUUGGCAAACAUACGCAUGUUGUUGUUGAUAUUAUUUUGACCAAAUAACAGGCCCCCGCACAGACACGUCAUUCUUCUUUUGGAGUGACAUUUCGCUGUGAUGAAAAUGCAUAGAGGUUUCGACCAAAUCAGCUAGUCCAAAAAAUCAAUUUACAAGAAGUGCUUGCUUUACUAGUGCAAGACUAGUUUAAUUUUCGUGCAAUCCCUCCAAUCAACCAAAUCCACGUCGCAUGUCAUACAAAAAUAUAUUGAUCCAAUUCCUCUCGGGAUAAAGGCAGCAUACAGUGGCAGCAUUGAAAUAUUGAAAUAUUCUUCAAACAAGAUGCGGGUAAAUUGGAAAUAUUUUACGCUCUUGUGCCUGUUCAUCGCCAACGCUGCUUCUGCAGAUUUGGACGCUGCACUAGAUGGUAGUAAAAAGCAGGCACAAAAUAAAAAAGACACUGAGAGCGAGAAGUACCAGGAACGGCCCGAGCACACCCCGACCUACCAGAGGAAGUCGGCCGAGGGGCUGAUAGAAAUACCGGAGAAAGACGAUGUUAACUACAAGCACAGCAACUCCGACCACGAUGUCGUCACGGAGAAGAUUGAUUUCGAUACGAUUAAGCUGGUACAAAUAACAGAUUUCAGCAAGGAAAAGGAUAGCAAGAAGGUGCCGGAUGUACUGUACGACAUUCUCGAAAAUCAAAAACGUAUGAUCCAGAAAAUAGUGAAUGAAAUUGGAGAAAUCGAAAGCAACCAGGAGCAGGAGCAAACCGGCGAUACGGAGCUGGGCGGCAGGGGAGAGGAGGCGAGUGAGGCUUACCAAAUCUACGAGCGUGCGAUGGGAGUGCUGAAUAAAACGAAAGUCGAUCGUAUUCUGGGCCACAAGCUGAUGGUAGAAGCGGCCGCAAAGGGAAACUCGUUGGCCAGAAGCCACGUAGCGUGGGCGCAUCUGCUCGGCAAUCCGGUGCCACUGGACAUUGAAGCUGCGAAGCAAACGUUUCUUGAUCUGUCAGAAGAAGGGCUACCCGAUGCGCAGAUGGGUCUGGGAUUCAUGUAUGCGGCCGGCAUUGGCUUCAACGUAAGCCAGGCGAAAGCACUCGUCUACUACACCAUGGCAGCCUCGGGCGAAAAUUCAUGGGCCCAGAUGGCCCUCGGUUAUCGGUAUUGGGCCGGCGUCGGUGUACCGAACAGUUGCGAAAUGGCACUCGAUUACUAUCGCAAGGUAGCCACGAAGGUGGCCUCGCAGGUGACCUUCUCGGGAGGAUCGGCCGUACACCGGAUACGGCUGCUGGACGAGGUCGAUAACUCCGGCCCAAGCUCGGGCAUAUUGGACAACGAUCUGAUCGACUACUACCAGCUGCUCGCCGACAAGGGUGAUGUCCAGGCGCAGGUGGGCCUGGGCCAGCUGUACUAUCAGGGUGGUCGAGGUAUACCACUCGAUCACCAGCGGGCCCUGCAGUACUUUAGCCAGGCGGCGAACGCAGGGAACGCAGUGGCGAUGGCCUUUCUCGGUAAAAUCUAUCUGGAGGGAAGCGACAACAUAAAGGCGGAUAACGAGACGGCAUUUAAGUUCUUCAAAAAAGCGGCUGACCUUGGCAAUCCUGUAGGCCAAAGCGGCCUGGGUAUUAUGUAUCUGCACGGAAAGGGCGUUCGCAAGGACACUUUGAAGGCGCUCAAGUAUUUCGCCAAGGCGGCCGAUCAGGGCUGGGUCGAUGGGCAGCUCCAGCUUGGCAAUAUGUACUACAGCGGUAUCGGUGUGCAACGUGAUUUUAAACUUGCGAUUAAAUACUUUAGUCUCGCCUCCCAGUCCGGCCACGUGCUCGCGUUCUACAACCUCGGACAGAUGCACGCAAUCGGGCUCGGCAUGAUCCGGUCCUGCCCGACAGCGGUGGAGCUGUUCAAAAACGUGGCCGAGCGGGGCAAGUGGGCCGAUCGGUUGAUGUCGGGAUACCAGGACUAUCGGUCGUACCGCUUCGAGGAAUCGUUCAUGCAGUAUGCGCUGCUUUCGGAAAUGGGUUACGAGGUAGCGCAAAGCAAUGCCGGAUUCCUGCUCGAUCGGGAAGAGGUGAAUCUGUUUAAGAACCGCGGCGAAGAGUUGGUGCGCGCAUUGCAGUACUGGGGCCGGGCGGCUGCACAGGGUUAUUCGGCGGCGCAAGUCAAGCUGGGCGAUUAUCACUACUACGGCAUGGGCACGUUGAUCGACUAUGAGAUGGCGGCGUCGCACUACAGAAUGGCAUCGGAGCAGCAAAACAACGCGCAGGCCAUGUUUAAUCUCGGCUACAUGCACGAGCAAGGUUUGGGCAUGAAGAAAGACAUCCAUCUUGCCAAGCGGUGCUACGACCUGGCGGCGGACUCGAGCGUCGACGCUAAGGUGCCGGUUACGCUAGCACUCAUCAAGCUGCAGCUAUUAUUCAAGCUAGAAUCCUUAAAAGAGACACCAUUGAAAAUAAUUUUCAACCUAGAUGAGAACAUCGCAUCCAAUUGGGAUCUGUAUCUCAUCACCGUCAUCACGAUCCUUUUCGGCGCUGCGCUGUACUUUAGAAGACCGGUCGCACCCGCCCCCCCACCUCCAGGUGGCCAUCCCCGACAGCCUGAGAUGAAUAACGAUCCGGUGAUUGCAGCCGACUACCACGAAGAUGCGCCGGAGGUGAAUGCGGCCGAGAAUCCUCAUGCACGUGCCAACGCAAACGAUGAGCAGAAUGCGGAGCCGGCGUUAAACGGAAACGGAGACUAGGUACGCUAAGAGGACCUUCCCUGUACGGAAGACGACUGACUAUCCAUUGCAAAAGGCGAAAUAGCCUAGUAAGUCAAAAUUCAUGGGCAGACACGGCCGGUGACGGUCGUUAAAGUAAAAAGUACGCGAAGGCCCGAAAUAAUUGUAAAUAAAUGUGAUAUUAUCUUUCGUUUGGAAAAAUGCUAUCACAACGUCGUGUAAAAUAUAUCCACGUUGCGCGUUUAUCAUAAGUGAAAAAUUGUAUCAACCGUGUGUGUGUGCGCGGAACGAAAGAAGAUUGGCUUGGCGUUAAAUAAUAGCAUGGAGACAUUACGAAUCGGCAUACGAUACUGGUUUUGCGACAAGGGGGGCGAUCAAAUGUUCUAUGUUAUUUAUUAGUAGGGAUUGAAAAUGAGUUAUCUUCUCUAAAUAAGCGUUACAAAUAAAGUAAGAGUACUUUCGUAGCUAGUA